UGGAGAAAACGCAAUCAUCCAGCGGGGCAGUGUUGCGUCAGUGCCAUGGCCGAGCAGCGCAGCAGUGGCGGCUGUUGCUCCUAUCUUACCAUCACCAAUGCCCUGCUGCGCGGCCCACACCUCACAGGACGCGGCGAAAUGCGACCCUUGACCUUGGCCUUAGUGUUCCUGUGCGGCGUGGUGUGUGCGGGGAUGGUGGGCGUGCUACGAGCGUGGUGGGCGGGGAUGGGAGUACCUGAUGGCGAGGUUCUGAAGGCUACUCUGGGGGUGCUGCCUCCUGGUGCUGAUCUGACCCUGAUGGACGAGGGCUACGUGGCCAUGGCACUGCUGGGUGACCACGAGGACCACCAGCUCACCACCAAGCAGACCACGGAGCUGGAGGGCCACCAUGCACAGAUUGAGGCCCUGAACACCCUGAAGAGAGCCAAGGAGCUGGUGUACAAUGGGAAGAGUGCCAGGGCAGGGCGGUUACUGGAGCACGUCUCCCUGGCCCCGAGACACCCUGACGUGCUGGUCCAUUACGGUGAAUACCUAGAACACCACAGGAAUGACGUCGUGAAGGCUGAUAAAUUGUACCUCCGAGCCCUGGCUGUAUCCCCGGCUAACUCACGUGCUUUGAGAAACAGACGCCGAACACAACCCUUAGUGGAUGAAAUGGACGUAACAUUGCUGGAAAGGAUCGACAGCAAGAGGGACGACCUUGCACGCAUCCCCAGCUCCUCAGCAGCCCUGCGCAGGAUCAAGAAGGAGGCGUAUUACCAGCACAUCUACCACACAGCUGGCAUCGAGGGAAAUACCAUGACUCUUGCUCAAACGCGCAUGAUUCUGGAGACGAGGCUAAGUGUUGGAGGCAAGAGUGUGAUGGAGCAUAAUGAGAUCCUGGGCCUGGACAUGGCUCUGAAGUUCAUCAACACCACUCUGCUGCACCGUGUGGGGCUCAUCACCCUGCACGACAUCCUAGAGGUUCACCGUCGCGUCCUGGGCCAUGUGGACCCCCUGGAGGCCGGCCAGCUGCGGACCACUCAGGUCUACGUGAGCGACCACAUCCCGCCACCCCCAACGCGCCUGCAGGUACUGAUGGAGGACUUCAUAGCCUGGCUCAACUCCCCGGAGGCACAAGCACUUCACCCAGUCCGCUAUGCUGCCUUGGCCCACUACAAGCUGGUUUUUAUUCACCCCUUCUCGGACGGCAACGGCAGAACGGCCAGGCUUAUCAUGAAUUUCCUAUUGAUGCAGGCCGGCUACCCACCAGUCAUAAUACGGAAGCAGGACCGAAUGCUUUACUAUGACUGUCUCCAGCUGGCCAACGAAGGUGACACAAGGCCGUUUGUUCGUUUCGUCGCCCACUGCACUGAGAAAACCCUUGACGUAUACCUGUGGGCCACAAAGGAAGCACUGCCAGAGAUUGAAGCCCAGAGGAAGCUGCAGAAGGAAGCCAAAAGAGCAGAGGAGGAGGAGGAGAAGGAGAAGGUUAAUGUGAAGACAAGCUCGGAUUUUAACAGCAAGGAUAAGCCAAAGUUUUUGUUUACACCAGUGGAUGAUAUUGCACCCUGGGAGGAACAUGGAGGUGGAGAGGGAGGAGGAGGUGGAGCAGGAGGUAGUGGAGAAAAUAGAGGAAGACUUCUCUCCCCUUCCUCCACUGAAGACCACAUUCUGCGAGAGGGAGAGAGUGAAGAGGAGGAGGAAGAAGAGGUAAAUGUGAUGGAGGUAGAUGGUAGAGAACAUUUGUGGUUUGUGGGAGAGGAGGAGAAAAUAAGAGUUCGGGCACAAGAGAGUAGAUUAAGUAGUUUUGAUAGUAGUAGUAGUAGUAGCAGUAGUAGUAGUAGUAGUGGUGGUGUUGGUGGUGGUGGUAGUAGUAGUAAGGAGCAUGAGGAGGUGAUCAGGUACCUUAUAUCAGAGGAGAGGCUGGCGGCGUUUGUGGAGGAGAGAGAGGAGGGGGGUCCAGGCAGGGGGCUCUAGGGGUGUGGCCAGCCUAAGUUAACGAAGUGUGUGUGAUGGGGUGGGUGGGGGGUGGGGUGGCUAUAUAUGUGUGUGGGUGUGUGUGUGUGGUAACUGUGAGAAUAAUGUUCUGGGAGCUGUAUUGGAAACUUAACCUAACUAACAUUACCUUGCCUUAACAAACUUAAUCUAACCUAACCUAACCUAACCUUACCUAACCUUACCUUACCUUACCUUACCUUACCUUACCUAACCUCACAAGACAAUAGACCCCAAAAACAAAAUAUAUAAGCACAAAUAAGAGAAAAUGUUAAUUCUAUCUAUAACUUAAAAAUGAAUCGGAU